AUGGAAACUCAUACUCAUCUAGUUUUUUCAGACUGCGAGAGUCUUUAGAAAAUAUACAUUGCUCUCCUUGACUCUUUUAUUGAGCUUGCUGACCUUCUUAGAUUCCAUGCCUGUGGAAGAAAGGAAGCUGGCUCAUAAAACGCAUUUGGAGAUAUUUAACUCGAAUGUGAUACAAAAAGCGAUGAAAUUAUUUUCAAUCAUUUGAAAAAAACUGGAGAAGUUGCAUAUGGUUUAAGCGAGGAACAACCAAAGCUUGUAGAAUUAGGAGGAAAUAAAUAUAUUGUUACAUUUGAUCCAUUAGAUGGAAGCUCAAUUAUUGGUUGCAAUUGGACAGUAGGAACAAUUUUUGGUAUAUGGAAAAAUGAUGAGAAGGUUUUGAUAGGUCACAAGACAAAAGAUUUAAUUGCAUCUGGAUGUUGCAUGUAUGGUCCUAGAACUACAGCUGUGAUAUAUAACGAAAAAACUAAAACAGUGAAUGAAUAUUCUUUAACAUUGAAUAAAUAAAAGCAAGUUGAAUGGAUUUUAUCAUUGCCUAACAUUGUUAUUAAACCUUAAGGAAAGUUAUUUGCUCCAGGAAAUUUAAGGGCUGCAAGUGAAAAUCCUAACUAUAGAUAAUGCAUUAAUAACUGGAUUGAUUAAGGAUAUACUUUAAGAUAUACAGGCGGUAUGGUUCCUGAUAUUUAUUAGAUUUUCAUUAAAGGCUCUGGUAUUUUUACUACUAUUUCCUCAAAAAGCCACGCUGUCAAAUUAAGAGUAUUAUAUGAAGUUGCUCCAUUGGCACAUCUUGUUGAAAUGGCAAAAGGUAAAAGCAGUGAUGGAAAAAAUUCACUAAUGGAAUUGGAAGUUACAUCUUACGAUCAACGCUCAGGAAUUAUUGUUGGAAGUACAGAAGAAGUUGAUAAAAUUUUAUCAACCUUAAAUUCUUGA